AUGAGAGCUUUCCUCACUCUACUUCCUCUCUUUGGCUGCUUAGUUAAUGCUGCUCCUAUUACCACCACUGAAAGUGGUAGUGUCACUUCCACUGUUGUCUCAACAAUAACUACCGUUGACCAUGGUUCUACAUCAACUUAUACUAGUUACUACACCACCAUAAUAAUCACAGAAACGGUCCACAUUGAAGGUGGCACGAGGUAUGUCACCAUGUAUGGUAGUGCCCCUGCCACUUCAGCUGAAUCAACCUCCACCAGCUCCCACUCUUCAAGCUCAGAAUCAGUUUAUUCAACUUCUUCAUCAUCUUCAUCAACAUCAUCAUCAUCGUCGUCGUCGUCGUCGUUAUCAUCAUCAAUAACAACAGCAAGCGCUCCACGGACUACUCUCAUUACCUAUACUGUGAAAUCCAAUGUCAUAACAAGUCCGACUACUACUACCAGCCAGCAAGUAACCACUUCGACCUCGUACGAAACAAUCACUGGAACUAUCCCAAACCUGAUAACUGCAUACAGCACCAGUGCCUCAGAUAGCACCUGUUACUACUACUAUGAUUUCGACGAUUCGACAGACACUGACGACUACAGUACCACCACAAGUACUAGAUAUGUCACUGUCACUCAAGCUUAA